CUGGGAUUAAAGGUGUGCACCACCACUGUCUGGCUCAAAGUAUAUUUCUGCAUUGGCUGGGACUCGAACCUAGGGCCUCCCAUGUGGCGGGCGAGAAUUCUACCACUGAACCACCAGUGCUUUUGGGUGCCCUAUUAAAAAACUAGUUUUAUUAAGAAAUGAUCCACAUUGAUGAAUUUCAACAAAGUGCCCAGGAGGGCCCCAAAUCUAAGCCCAGAGACUUCCUCCAAUUCUGUACUCUUUCCUUCCCUUGGGCCUUGCUUUUUCCAGGAGACCCUCCACCCUGGUGUGAAUGCCUCUGAGCACUAGCUGCUGGAGGUAAAAGGAUGUGGCUGACCUGCUGGCAGGUGGCCCAGGCUCAGGAAGCAAUAUGGUGGCAGGCCUGCAAGUGUGUGCCUACGUGGGAGCAGGGAACUGCAGUUGCUAACUCUGCCCAUUUCAACAGGAGGAACCUUCUAGUCACCUCAGCUAAGGAGGGGGUUCAUUGCCAAGGAGUUCUGCCAGCCUGGCAGGAUGACAAUCCAGCAUGCUCUCUGUACUGGGACUCCUGGAGCGUUGUGGUCGUGGGGUGAUCUGAGCUGUCCAGGCUAAGUCUGCCAGCUUUCAAAGUCUUCGUGUCUAUCUGUGGAGCCUGGCCUCUGGUGGUGAAUGGUAGACAGACGGUUCUUGCCUGCAGCAGCUACUUGGGAAGACUAUGUCUACUUUGAGAACUCCUCCAGCAAUCCGUACCUGAUCCGCAGGAUUGAAGAGCUCAAUAAGACAGCCAACGGGAAUGUGGAGGCCAAGGUGGUGUGUUUCUACAGAAGGCGGGACAUUUCCAGCAGUCUCAUCGCCCUGGCUGACAAGCAUGCAACCCUGUCAGUCUGCUAUAGAGCCGGACCGGGGGCGGACACCGGCGAGGAAGGGGAAGUGGAGGAAGAGGUGGAGAACCCAGAGAUGGUGGACCUGCCUGAGAAACUGAAGCAUCAGCUGCGGCACCGGGAACUGUUCCUCUCUCGGCAGUUGGAGUCACUGCCCGCCACCCACAUCAGGGGCAAAUGCAGUGUUACCCUGCUCAAUGAGACUGAGUCACUCAAAUCCUACCUGGAGCGUGAGGAUUUCUUCUUCUAUUCUCUAGUCUACGACCCACAGCAGAAGACCCUCCUGGCCGACAAAGGGGAGAUCCGAGUAGGAAACCGGUACCAGGCCGACAUCACUGACUUGCUGAAGGAAGGUGAGGAGGACGGCCGUGAUCAGUCGAAACUGGAGACCAAGGUGUGGGAAGCCCAUAAUCCGCUUGUGGAUAAGCAGAUUGACCAGUUCCUUGUAGUGGCCCGCUCCGUGGGCACCUUUGCACGGGCCCUGGAUUGCAGCAGCUCCGUGCGGCAGCCUAGCCUGCACAUGAGUGCCGCAGCAGCCUCCCGAGACAUCACCCUGUUCCAUGCCAUGGACACGCUGCACAAGAACAUCUACGACAUCUCCAAGGCUAUCUCAGCCCUCGUGCCUCAGGGGGGGCCGGUGCUCUGCCGGGAUGAGAUGGAGGAGUGGUCGGCAUCAGAAGCCAACCUCUUUGAGGAAGCUCUGGAAAAAUAUGGGAAAGAUUUCACAGACAUUCAACAAGAUUUUCUCCCAUGGAAAUCGCUCACCAGCAUCAUUGAAUACUACUACAUGUGGAAGACCACCGACAGAUACGUCCAGCAGAAACGGUUGAAAGCAGCUGAAGCAGAGAGCAAGUUAAAGCAGGUUUAUAUUCCCAACUAUAACAAGCCAAAUCCAAACCAGAUCAGCGUCAACAGUGUCAAGGCCAGUGUAGUGAAUGGCACAGGAACACCAGGCCAGAGCCCCGGGGCCGGCCGGGCCUGCGAGAGCUGUUACACCACACAGUCUUACCAGUGGUAUUCUUGGGGUCCCCCUAACAUGCAGUGUCGCCUCUGCGCAUCUUGUUGGACAUAUUGGAAGAAAUAUGGUGGCUUGAAAAUGCCAACCCGGUUAGAUGGAGAGAGGCCGGGACCAAACCGCAAUAACAUGAGUCCCCAUGGCAUCCCAGCCCGGAGCAGUGGGAGCCCCAAGUUUGCCAUGAAGACAAGGCAGGCCUUCUACCUGCACACUACCAAGUUGACACGCAUUGCCCGGCGCUUGUGCCGUGAGAUCCUACGCCCAUGGCAUGCCGCACGCCACCCCUACAUGCCCAUCAACAGCGCAGCAAUCAAGGCUGAAUGCACAGCACGGCUGCCUGAAGCUUCCCAGAGCCCACUGGUGCUGAAGCAGGUAGUGCGGAAGCCCCUGGAGGCUGUGCUCCGGUACCUUGAGACCCACCCCCGCCCCCCGAAGCCUGACCCUGUGAAGAGUUCAUCCAGCGUGCUCAGCAGUCUGACCCCUGCCAAGUCAGCCCCUGUCAUCAACAAUGGCUCCCCCACCAUCUUGGGCAAGAGGAGCUAUGAGCAGCACAAUGGGGUGGAUGUUGAUGGUGUUUUCUCUCCCUCUCUCUCCUGUCCCUGGGCACUGCCAGGCAACAUGAAGAAGCGCCUCUUGAUGCCCAGUAGGGGCACUUACCUGGGUCUGGCAAACCAUGGACAGACCAGGCACAUGGGACCAAGUCGGAAUCUCCUGCUCAACGGGAAGUCCUACCCCACCAAAGUGCGGCUGAUCCGCGGUGGCUCCCUGCCUCCAGUCAAGCGGCGGCGAAUGAACUGGAUUGACGCCCCAGACGACGUAUUUUACAUGGCCACUGAGGAGACCAGGAAAAUCCGAAAGCUGCUCUCGUCCUCAGAAACCAAGCGUGCUGCCCGCCGGCCCUACAAGCCCAUUGCCCUGCGCCAGAGCCAGGCCUUGCCGCUGCGGCCACCCCCACCUGCACCAGUCAACGAUGAGCCCAUUGUUAUUGAGGACUAGGCGGCCCCUCCAUCAGCCCCCGAGUAUCCAGUGCGGCCUGCAGAGGCCAAGCGGCCUCCCUCCCCCCCAGACUGCUGCCCACCCCACCCUCUGGUUUCCAUAGCGCCCCAAGUCCCGCCCUCACAUGCAGAGACACUGCUCCUCUGGUGGACGUGCGGGGGAAGAAGUGUGUCUAACUUAUUCCAAGACACCGAGGAGUCUUUUUUAGCUUUGUGUUUACUUUCUGGCUGGAGCAGAGAUGAGGAACGCCCGGGCCCUGCACAGGGCUUCUCACCCGGGGUGGGCUCUAAGGUUUGUUGUGUUCUGUUGAAGGUGCCAUUUUAAAUUUUAUUUUUAUUACUUUUUUUGUAGAUGAACUUGAGCUCUGUAACUUACACCUGGAAUGUUAGGAUUGGUGUGGCCAGCAGCGGCCAAGCUGCCUGGCGGGGUUGGUCCCUUGUCUUUUCAAGUAAUUUUCAUAUUAAACAAAAACAAAGAAAAAAAUCUCAUAAAAAGGAAAACCCCA